CACGUCAAAAACCCUAGUUGAAAUCCUUUAUUUUUUUCACUUUAUUCCUCCCCCAUGCCAACAGCAACCACGGCCAGAACCCCCCACGUGAAAUCAAUUCUAUACCUCACAGCAAACCACCAUAGCCUUUCUUCCAACAAACGAAGCACCCACUCGCCGGGAACAACCACAGAAACCGCCGACCCAGCCACCUGAGACAGACACACAACCUUUCCUCUCUCGCCACCAUUGACCACAGAGGACAUCGGAGCACCCCCACGCUGCCCAGAAACUACCGGCCAGCUAAAUCCCGUCGGAUCUCCACUAUUCCGGGAGCCUCCAGUUGCGCUGCCGUGACUCCCAGCCAACCACCCAGACCCACCGUCGCAGUUCGUUCUUCUCUCUCUAGGUCACAAACUAAGAAGUGAGAUUGUGGAAGCAGCGCUAAGAGAUGAUGAUUUCGUGGAUACAGAGCAGGAGUGCCAGGAGUAGAAUAAAUUCCAGAGACUUAGUAUCAAACUGGAAGAGUAAGAGUAUCCAUUGCAUAGGUGUGCUCUUUACAGAUCCUAGCAAUAGUAGGAGCUACACUAGCCAGGCUCUUAAUCAUCCCUCUGGGAGAAUCUUGAAUCAAUAUGUUCACCCUCUAAAAUUUGCGUCUGGUGAAACUUAUUCUGUUCUUCAAUCAAGUAGUCUUCAGCACUGGUUCAAAAACUGGCAAAAACUCAGGGAGCAUAAAUUGACAGCAAGCACUUUUGCUGCAGCUAUUGGGUUUUGGCGUCGCCGAAGGGUUCAGCUGUGGUUAGAGAAAAUUGGGGCAAUUGAGCCAUUUUCUGGAAACCUGGCUACCUGUUGGAACAAUAUUAAAGAAGAGGAAGCACUUGAAAGAUACAAGCUCAUAACCGGUAAUACUGUUUUGUUUCCUGAAUUUCAGGUCUAUGGUGAGAGAAACCCAGAAGAUGAUUGGCUAGCAGGUUCACCAGAUGGAGUAGUUGACAGGCUGGUUUAUGAUUUGCCUUCACGGGGAGUGCUUGAGAUAAAGUGUCCAUUUUUCAAUGGAGAUAUGAGCCAGGCUGUCCCUUGGUCACGAGUCCCUCUUUACUGUAUUCCACAAGCUCAGGGUUUAAUGGAAAUAAUGGACAAGGAUUGGAUGGAUUUCUAUGUUUGGACUCCUAAAGGGAGUAGUCUAUUUCGGCUAUACAGAGAUAUAGAAUACUGGGAUGUGUUGAAAAUGGCACUCUCUGAUUUCUGGUGGAAACAUGUCCAGCCAACCAAGGAGUUGUGCAGUAAAUCUGUAAUCACGAAUCCUCUCACUCAAUUACGUUCACUUAGGCCAGCUCCUAGGCAUGAGUUAUGUAGUUAUAUAGUUUAUGAAAGUAAGCAUGUUGUCGAUAACUCCAAGUUGGUGAUGCGUGAAAUUUAUGGAAUACUCCAAAACUGAUGCACCGAAUGUAUCUAGUUUUGGUCUUUGAACUUCUAUUGCUUUAAGUGGAUGAGAUUCUUUAUCUCUAUAGGAGCUAGUUGAAAUAUUGUUUGCUCGAAUUUUUUUAACACUUGGAAGUAAGCUUUUAUGGGAACUGUCACCUGCAAAAGGAAGAGGAAAAAUACAUUGCUGGUAGAAGCAGAAAUUCUCAUAUUAGUCAUGAUUAAUCAGAUAUAUGGAAGAGAAUGUAGUAAUACCAUCCUUGGUGUGUGACUACAAGGGAGUGGAUAUAUUUCCCUCUACAUGGACCAUGUGAUAGAUCGCAAAUGGGAAGCUCUGAAGGUUCAUAAUUUCAUCAGCCCAUCUAUCCAGAUCUUCAUCAAGGGUGAUGUCGCCAGUGACUAUCAAGUGAAUGCUGGCUGGUUAGUGCCAUCAUCGUCGUGGAGUAAUAAAUGGUAACAAGCUACUUUCAGAAACAAGUUGCCUCCCCGAAGAAUUAGUGUCAAAAUAGAAAUUAUGCAGCAGAGUUGAAAAGAUGAAGGGUUUGAGGUAAUUUGUGUAUCUUUUAACCUUGUUUGAAAGGGUUGUUAGCGUGGUGGGGUUAUCUAAACGUUUUGUCAUUACUGCGUUUGUAUGUUGAGAUAAGUUGAGUCGUGAAUAGUAGUAUUUUAUAAGUUCCAUUGAGAAGUGCUUAACUUUUUUAAGUUGAGAUGGGUUUAACUUUUUAGGUUGAAAUGUAUGAAGGUAGUUGAGAUAGGGAAGAUGAGAGAGAGAGAGAGACUUGUAAUAUGUUUUGUAACUUCCAGCUAAAAAUGGCUUCAUGGAACAAUUUCUUGCA